AGUCGGAUAUGUAAAUCAGUAUUGUAUUGGUUAUGUAGUUCCAAUCUAUAUGCUGAAAUCGAAAAACGCUCAAGGAUUCGCGGUUGUUGUUUUUUUAAGGAAAAAAAAGAAAAAAGGAAAACAGCAUCCGCGCAUCGUAACGUGCUUCAUCUGCGGGCAAAGAUCACUGUAAUCAGAGUUGGUUAGCUAGCUAGCUAGUUAGCCUAGCCACAUGCCAACGCUAGCGGGCUAGCCUUAGAACCGCCUCCGAGCUGCAGCGACACCUUUGUGAAGGAGCGGCGUGUAAACAGUUACGAGAUGUUGGUCGGAUACAGCAGCAGCUCGGAGGAGGAAAGCGAGGCGACCGCUGGCCGAAACAAAAGUUGUUCUCGAAAGUGUCAAGAGGAAGAUGGAGGUGACAACGCCAGCUCAGAGAGGAAGAAACCCAGAAUUGAGGAACAACAGGUUGCUAAAACAAGACUGCCUGUUCCUGGCUGCCUGUUGGCCAUGUUUCCAGAGGACUUGAGCUCACAGACCGAGGAGGGCUCUCUUCAUGGUGGACGCCUCCGCUCCUUCAAACACGAGCAAGGCAACUGGGCCACCUAUGUCUAUUUGCCUUACCACCCUGAGGAGGAGUUUGGGGAUCUGUUGGAGGAGCUGCUCUCAUUAGCCGGGGCCCACGGUGUGGAUUGGACCCCACAGGAGGAGUUCCACCUGAGCCUGUCUCAGACGGUUGUGCUCAGACACCACUGGAUCCAGCCCUUCAACCGGAGCCUCCGGGCAGGCCUGGUGCAGAGCAAGAGGUUUGUGUGCUUUGCAGGGAGACUGAAGGUCUAUUGUAACGCUGAGAGGACGAGGACAUUUCUGGGGAUGGAAGUGUGUACUGGGCAGGCUCAGCUGUUGGACCUGGUCAAAGCAGUGGACAGAACAAUGACGGAGUUUCGCCUGGAGACUUUCUAUCAGGAUCCAUCUUUCCAUGUGAGUCUGGCCUGGUGUGUCGGGGACCUGACCAGCCAGAUGAGGGAGUGCAUUCUGGGGAUGCAGAGUCUGAUUGAUGACCAUGAAGACGGACCAUUUCUGCUGAGGUUGGACUGCACGGAGCUGCGCUGCAGGACAGGAAACAAGACCUUCCACUUCCCUGUGCAACCCUGACCACUCUACCUUUACCGCUGUGGGAAUGUUUGUGGUUUAACACACGAGAAUCAAUGUGGAAAAAGUAUUUUUGAAACGACAAUUAAUUGUAUUUUGUUACUGUACAUAAAGUUUCAAAUGGUUUUCUACUAACGCCAAGUGAUCAGUGUUCAAAGACUGUUCAUGAUGGGGUGAUAUACCAAAGCCUCCAACAGGAAGUUGUGGCUGUUAACCAGUAGUGAAACAUCUCAGAGCGCCACAAUUUUCUUCAUUUACUUCGCUGGCAUUAAUACAAAAGGAGGGAAUUGGUCACGUCCGUAAAGAUGACUUGCGUUUAAUCUCAAGACUGAUGUCCUCGAUGUCUUUAAGUGUGAAAAGCUAACGAGAUGAAUUUACUGCAACAGCAAACAAGACACGGGUCAAAAUGUCACAUUUAAAAUACUUUUACUAGAAGGCCGCACAUGUUUAUGACACUUAUGAUAGUUCACAGAUAUGAGGUCUUUGUCUGGCCCCGUGAGGGCUGGAUGGAGCGGUACGAUCACCCAGGGCAGACAUCUGACGACAUGUUUACAAAGACAAGGAGUCGAGUUCAAACCGUUAUACUCCAGUAAAAAAAAGAAAAAAAGUUAACCUUAAAACAAAACUUCCCCUUAUUUGUGUCUGAAAAUGCUCCAGGGCCCCCGUUUCUGGCUUUUUAAAUAAUAAUUUAACAUUGCUUACAAAUGAAGCUACAGCCAAAGUUGACCAUACUCUUGCAAGCCGAUUUUAUGUCUCAUACAUCGGCUAAUCAAUUCACACAUGGGCGCUCAUUCAAAUUUAAAAUGAUUUAGUUUGGAUUCCAAAACAAAGUACAAAAGUAAACAUAGGGCUUUAACCUAAAUUCAAUUUGCGUGAUUUCAACGCGACUAAAAUCAACUUCCAUAUCUCAGGUUUGGUUCUGAAACACACAACACUUGUUAAAAAGCGGAACACGAUUAAAACAAAACCCUCAGAUUAUCAGGGACGUGACAUAAGACAAUGAAAAUAAAAAGGAUAAUUUCACUAGAAAUAAAAUAGUAUUCUGAACCAUGUGACCUGUUGCAUGCGCUGUACUGUUUAGUCAAAAACCAUUUCACAUUAAUAAAAAAAAAGCUCUGA